CCCCAGCAUCCUUCCAGCCUCCCUGAGCACCUUUCUCUUCUCUCUGCUGACUCACUCGCUCACUCACCUCCCUCCUCGGCACCAUGACCACCUGCAGCCGCCAGUUCACCUCCUCCGGCUCCAUGAAGGGCUCCUGUGGCAUUGGCGGUGGCUCCAGCCGCAUGUCCUCCGUCCUGGCUGGAGGGUCCUGCCGGGCCCCCAGCGCCUACGGGGGCCUGUCAGUCUCCUCCACUCGCUACUCCUCCGGGGGGUCCUGCGGACUGGGGGGCGGCUAUGGCGGCGGCUUCAGCAGCAGCAGCAGCUUUGGUGGGGGCCUGGGUAGUGGUUUUGGAGGAGGAUGUGGUGGAUUUGGUGCUGGCAUCGGUGGUGGCUUCGGUGGUGGCUUUGGCGCUGGUUUUGGUGGUGGCGAUGGCGGCCUCCUCUCUGGCAACGAGAAGAUCACCAUGCAGAACCUCAACGACCGCCUGGCCUCCUAUCUGGACAAGGUGCGCGCCCUGGAGGAGGCCAACACCGACCUGGAGGUGAAGAUCCGUGACUGGUACCAGAGGCAGCGGCCCAGCGAGACCAAGGACUACAGCCCCUACUUCAAGACCAUCGAGGACCUGAGGAACAAGAUCAUUGCAGCCACCAUCGAGAAUGCUCAGCCCAUUCUGCAGAUUGACAAUGCCAGGCUGGCAGCCGAUGACUUCAGGACCAAGUAUGAGCAUGAGCUGGCCCUGCGCCAGAGCGUGGAGGCCGACAUCAACGGCCUGCGCAGGGUGCUGGACGAGCUGACCCUGGCCAGAGCCGACCUGGAGAUGCAGAUUGAGAGCCUGAAGGAAGAGCUGGCCUACCUGAGAAAGAACCACGAGGAGGAGAUGCUAGCCCUGCGGGGUCAGACAGGCGGGGACAUCAAUGUGGAGAUGGACGCCGCCCCGGGCGUGGACCUGAGCCGUACCCUGAAUGAGAUGCGUGACCAGUACGAGCAGAUAGCAGAGAAGAACCGCAGAGAAGCCGAGGCCUGGUUCCUGAGCAAGACAGAGGAGCUGAACAAAGAAGUGGCCUCUAACAGCGAACUGGUGCAGAGUGGCCGCAGUGAAGUGACCGAGCUCCGGAGGGUGCUCCAGGGCCUGGAGAUUGAACUGCAGUCCCAGCUCAGCAUGAAAGCAUCCCUGGAGGGCAGCCUGGAGGAGACCAAAGGCCGCUACUGCAUGCAGCUGUCCCAGAUCCAGGGGCUGAUUAGCAGCGUGGAGGAGCAGCUGUCCCAGCUGCGCUGCGAGAUGGAGCAGCAGAGCCAAGAGUACCAGAUCUUGCUGGAUGUGAAGACACGUCUGGAACAGGAGAUAGCCACCUACCGCCGCCUGCUGGAGGGCGAGGAUGCCCACCUCUCCUCCUCCCAGCACACAUCCGGCCAAGCCUAUUCUUCCAGAGAUGUCUUCUCCUCCUCCUCGUCUUCCUCCGGCCGCCAGACCCGGCCCAUCCUCAAGGAGCAGGGCUCCUCCAGCUUUAGCCAGGGUCAGACUUCCAAGCACUGAUCUGCCUCUCCCAGGUCCUCCUGCCCACCCACCGGCCUCACCCCCUGCAGGCACGGGUCACGCCCCUGUUCUUCCAGCACAGUUCCCAGCUGUCUCCCCUCCCUCUCUGCUGGUGGUAGGCUAAUAAAGCUGAUUUUCUGGUUGAU